AUGGAAAUGAAAGAAACUAACCAAGUCGAGCAACAUCAUGUCGACACUUCUCGUCCUUUUAACUCAGUAAAAGAAGCUGUUGCAAUAUUCGGCCAACGGAUUACACUACCGGGACAAACACAUACCGUAAGUCCUAGAAUCAGCCACACCACCUCUUUGCCAUCUUCUCCAUGGAAGCAACGAGCUUCAGUGCCUUCCUCUCCUCAAGGUCCAAAGGAAGAGUUUAUGGAUGUUUUAAAGAAGCUUGAAGCCGAGAUAACGGAGACAAAGACAGAGGUGAGGAUGUUGAAGGAAAGAGAGACAGAGACAGAGGUGGCUUUGGCUAACUUAAACGCUGAGUUACAUAAGAACAUGUCAAAGAUGGCUAAAGCCGAGGCUGAUACUGCAGGGAAGAGCGCGGCAGCAGCAGCAGUAGCCAUGGAUAAAUCGGUGAGCUUUAAGGAAACGAAAGAGAAAGAAAAUGGAGAGGAAGAGAGGAGGAAAGAGCUGAUGAGGAGGAUGGAGAAAGAGUAUCCCACAUUGGCUCAGAUACUUGAGAGUAACAAAGGAGUCAAGGAUGGGUAUUUUGGGAAGAGUAAGAGGAAUGGAAACAAGAAGAAGAAACCCAUCGUUCCUCUUUUGGGAGAUUUCUUCUUUUUCAAGAAGAAAGCUUCUUCCACUGAAAUUUCUGCACCUUUUUACACUAAACCUUCCACUUUUCUUUUUUAG